AUGUCUACUGAACGAUCACUGUCGCCACUUGUUGGAUCGCCGGCAAAACCAGCUUCCCAAGCCCAUGGAGAGUCAGAUCCUCCGCGCUCAUCUACUAGACAGAAGAAACGCUCCCCGCGGCGGGCGUCCAUAGCCUGUGUGGCAUGUCGAAAGAGGAAAAUCAAGUGCGAUGGGGAUCCCAAGAAGAAAGGCGAGCCGUGCCUGCAGUGUAAGCACCUCAACCGACCUUGCAUAUUUCGCAUGGACGAUCGACGCAAGAUGAACUCAACAUCAAAAGCCUACAUAAAGCGCCUCCAAGAUCGCCUUGCGGCAUUGCAGGGAAGCCAGGGCAAUCCUUCUCCCACAAGGGAAGACGACGAUGGCAGCUCUUCCGGAUCUGGACCGCAUCCCACUCAUGCAACGUUUGAGGACGUCAGAGUCUCGCUCGGCGACGGGCCUACACAAGCUAUACCUGCCCCGUCUGACGCCGACAACGUCUUUCGUGGCUGCUCGAACGUGAUCAGAGAGCAAGACCCAUUCGCAGGCAUCUCGAACUAUCAGAUGAUGGAUUGGCAGUUUGACAUUUUCGACCUGGACCCCGUACAGUCAACCAACGAUCAAGGCACUCGCAGUGGCGCGCCACCGAAGUCCAUUGAGGCGAGGAACUACAUGAUCAGCCAGCUGUAUGCGGCGAUGGGUCAGCUUGAUGCGGAUGAGCCUGGACAAAUCAUGAAUCUGAACAUCACCUCUAUUCUCCCACCCUCGUCGCCCGAACCGCUUGAAUCAGCAACACAAGCUCUUGAGGAGCUGGCCGAUUCUAAGGACGUGCAGAAACAUCUCUUGGAUCUCUAUUUCAUGUACCCCGAUCCCCUGCUCCAAGUGCUGCUGAAAGAACCAUUCAUGUCUGUCUACGCUGUCGGAGUGAAGACGCAGUAUUUCUCAAAACUUCUCCUAUAUUCUGUUCUUCUGAACGCCUUGCGGCUUAGCAACGAUCCCUCAAUCCGUAAUUUAGAUCGAGUCUACCUGAAGAGAGUGAGAGAGGAGCUCGUCCUUGAGAUGGAAAACCCAACGAUAUCUACAAUUCAAGCUUUGUGCAUCUUUGCUGAUUAUCGUGGUUCGGGCUUAGGCCAUGAUAAGUCGGGUCUAAACGUCUUACUUCCAGGCAUUGCUUUUCGAAUGCUGUAUGACCUCGGUCUGAACCGCGACGGCACCGAUUUGCUCGCACUCGGGUACAUCUCAGAACGUGACUUGCAAGUGCGUCGUGACGUGUUUUGGGGCUGCUACGUAUAUGAUAAGUUCUACAGCAUAUACCUAGGGCGUCCAGGUACUGUAAAGCUGGCCGAUGCAACGGUGCCGCGGCCAUCAACUAGGAGCGAUGACCCUCAGCUUCAGACCCGAGCUGCAUGGUGUGAUCUUUGCAUGAUCCUAAGCGAUGUCAUCGACAUGGUCAACUACCCGUCAUCUUCAAUUUUGUUGAGACACCAGAGCACUAUUGCCCGCCUCUCAAGCAUGAGCCAACGACUGCUCCAGUGGUUGGAAGCUCUACCAAUCUGGAUUCGAAGGAAACCAGAAUCAGAACAUCCUCCUCCUCCAGGCGUAUACGCUCUCCACAUGCAGUUCUACACCACAAUGAUAAUGCUUCAUCGGCCGUUUGCGGCCUACAUGUCCCCCUCAUCAGGCACCAUUGGACAUGGGGGAAAGUCUUUGGGAGGUCAUACUCCGGCGCUCUCGAGACAGGUAUGCAAUGAAAACGCAAUUCGAUUCUCGAAGCUGCUCUUGGCAUAUAGGGAACACUAUGGCGUCGAGAAAAUCUACUCCUCAAUGCUGCAUAUGAUCUUUAUUGCAGCUACAACUCUCAUCUCCCAAAUCUCGACCGACACAAACGAGAAAGAGGAAGGCAACGAGAAGAAAAAAUGGCUGGCGGUGUGCCUGCAAGCGCUCAACGAUUCAACGCCCUCCUUCCACAUAGCUGGACGCGUACAUAGGGUCAUUGCCUCCUUUCUCGAAGGGUGCGGGUACUCAGAGCUAGCUCCUCUUGCCAGUGGUGACACGAAUGGGAAGAUGCCCGAUAAGCAAUCCUCGCAGCGACAAGGCGAGGCCCGGAGACUGUCUCGUGAAGUUUUUCCUACCAACUCUUUGGCCUCCGGCUCCUCAGGGAGCGAGGAUAUCACUGAUCCAACCCUCGCCGUCAAUGAAUACGGGCUUCGCCAGGCCUUUCAACCAUAUCAUACAACAACAGCAACAUAUCCUACGCUCGGAGGCAUGGAGAGUCUGCUGAACCUGGAUUCCUUCCAAACUCAGUCGGUGUUCCAUGAUUUCGAAAAGGCCGACGUUGAUAGACUAACGGAGCUGGAAAUGAACUAUCUAUGUACUUGAGGCAGUAUUGG